AUGUCGCGCCACACCCCCUGUCGACACCCCACGUCACAUCACACAUACCCCCACGUCGCUCCACACCCCAUCGUCGCACUACACCCCACGUCGCGCCACAAUUCCCCAAGUCGCACCACACCCUCCAUAUCAAAGUCGCGCCACACCCCCCACGUCGCGCCACACCUCAAGUCGCGCCACACCCCCCCACGUCGCGCCACACCCCAAGUCGCUCCACACCCACGUCGCCCACCCCCAUCGUCGCGCCACACCCCCACGUCGCCCACACCCCCAUCGUCGCGCCACACCCCCACGUCGCCCACACCCCCACGUCGCGCCACACCCCCACGUCGCGCAGCCACACCCCCACGUCGCGCCAAAUUCUAA